CCUUCAACCAAGGCAAGUUUGGUUAAGUUAUGCUAUAAAUAACAUACCAAAAACAGAGCUUUCUGCAAACAUAAACAUUAAGAGAAAACAAUUCCAAAGCAUAUUCUUGUUUCUUAAAAGAGGAAAAAAAGAAACUACUUAUUAUUUAAUUCCAAGUCUUCCCUCCCCAAUCCCAUCUUACCUCUAUAUAUUAACCACCACCACCAGCAUCACCACCACUGUCUUCUUCCCAUAUCAUAUCUUGCGACACCCUUUUGGCUCUGCUAUUUCUAUUCAUUAAAGCAAAGCUAUGGCUAAAUUACUGGCCACCGUUUUCAUCCUAACCCUCUUUGUUUCCACUCUAUCCUCUGCAGCUCGCACUGGUCCACCUUUCCCUGCAAAUACCCAACAACAACAAGCUCAGGGUGUUGUUGAAGUUGAAGAUAGCUGUGAAGGAGUUGCAGAAGAAGAGUGUCUGAUGAGAAGAACUCUUGCUGCUCAUACUGACUAUAUCUAUACUCAAAACCACAAUCCAUGAGCUUCAAAUUUCUUGUUUUUUCUUUAGCCAUCAAUCCACUACAUAUAUAUAUAUGUAUGUAUGUAUGUAUAUGCUUGUUGUUGUUGAUUAUGAUUUAAUUUAAUAACAUAAUCAAUCAGAGGCUUUUUUUUUCUUUUUCCUACUUUUGUCAUGGUGUUUGUUUCUUCCAUUUGUGAUUUUAAGUUUUGGAUUGUUUUGAAAAUUUUAUAAUCUUAAACAUAAAUAAAUUAUAUAUUUGGUAUGUCUUUUUAA